UUUUUUGCUUUGUUGCGCUAUCAUGAACAAUGCUGAGAACAUUUUUUUUUGUGGACACAUUUAGUUUAAAUAAAACGAUAUAGGCAUGGGCGGUAAGAACAAACAGCGAACUAAAGGAAAUGUUCGGCCAUCCAGUAGCGGUCGAGCUGCUGAGGUUCUGACCCGGGAAGGCGGCGUCAUCCCGGGCUUCGUGGGCUUCGACACCACGGUGACCUCUGAGCUGAGCUACGUCCCAGCUGUCCACGGAGCCGAGGACAUAGACAACCUGGUGGAAGCUGAUUUCCGCCUGGUGCUCAGGAAACUUUCAAAGAGGGAUGUUGUCACGAGACUGAAAGCUGUGCAGGACUUUGGGUCCAUGUGUCAGGAGCGGGAUGCUGAAGACGUGAAAGGAGUCCUCCCAUACUGGCCAAGAAUUUACUGCAAAAUAUCUGUGGAUCACGAUCGGCGAAUCAGAGAGGCCACCCAGCUGGCCUUUGAGCAGCUGGUGCUAAAAGUGCGUCGCAGCUUAGCCCCCUUUCUGAAGAGUUUGAUGGGCCACUGGAUUCUGUCCCAAUGUGACACGUACACACCUGCAGCCUCUGCUGCGGGCCGGGCUUUCCAAGCUGCUUUCUCCCCCAUCAAACAGCCUGAGGCUCUCAGCUUCUGCAAGGAUGAGAUCCUUAAUGUGCUUCAAGACAUUUUGUUAAAAGAAACAGCAGACACGCUCAGUGAUCCACAAAGUGUGACAGAGGAAGAGAGAGAAGCAAAAUAUGUGCGCAUGUUGACCAGUUCCAUGUUAGGAGUUAAGAAACUGCUUUCCCUGCUGCUUGAAACCGACCGGGUGGCCCUGGAGCCUGGACUGGACCAUCUGCUUAAGUCCGGGAAGUUCUGGAAGUACAGUAAACACAAGGCGCCACAGGUGAGAGGAGCCUUUUUUGAGCUGGUGUGCGCUCUGUGUGAGUUCUGUCCUGCUCUGGUCCAAACUGAAGCUGCACGGCUCUGCCCUGCUGUCCUCCUCAGUAUCGACGACACAGAUCCUAUUGUUCUGCCUCCUGCGUGGGAAGCUGUUCUUCACGUCGUGUCUACAAUCCCUGAUUGCUGGACACAUGUAAAUGCCAAAAAAGGUUUCCUGCCUAAACUUUGGGUUUUAUUAAAGGAGGGGGGUAAUGGCAUGGCUAAAGCGCUUCACCCAAAUCUAAUGCCGCUUCUUAGCAAACUGCCCAAAGAAGUCACUGAUCCCAGCCUGGACUUUUACACCACCUUCUUCACUGCAUUCAGGCAUGGUUUGUCCAGUGAGCGUGCUGAGACGAGCCCAUCAGAAAGUGCGGUGAUAGUGACAUCCUUUGUCGAAUGCUUGAGGUUCUGCAUUCUGCAAAACGUAGAUGACGAACCUUCUCAGGCGAAAAUCAGGACCAUGCUUGUUUCACAGCAGCUUCUGCCUUUAUUGGACAAGGCUAUCAGAACUCCUUCCCUUCAGAAUGGGCCUCUUUUCCUUUUACUCACUGAAAUGCUUAUUUCCUGGGAGAGAAGAGCAGGUUUAUACAGUGAUGGGUAUGAAGAGUCCAAGAAGGUGGUCUUCCAAAGGCUUGUGUCUGACUUCUGGGAGGACAUUUGUCAUUUGUGUGUGUGUUUUGUUGACAACGAGGAAGCAGAUCCACAGGCAUUGGAGGGUGUAGCCAUUUUGCUGCAGGUGAUGCGUUAUCCUGAGAGAGGAAGCAGAAAACACCUUCAGAAGAAGAAAUCUGUCAGGGUGUGUUUGUCUAAGGCAGAGGAGGAUGAAAAAGCUGCUGUUCAGGGAGAUGGUGCCGAGAAGCUUGCGCAGACGGCGUCGGAGCUUGUGAAUGAAAAAGCCAUUGGGUCCCUGCAGACGGAACAUUUUGAAGACGCCGUGUGCCAGCUGGCUCAACUGUGCCUCGUGCAUGUGAAUGAGAAAAACUCUGAGAAACAUCUUGUUUUCCUCUCACUUCUCCUGCAGUCCUUCCACACUCCUAGGAUCUUCAGUGCCUUGGUUGAAUUUGACGAUGGAACACCAGAAGACAAUAAAUGGAGGGGGGAGAAGAAUCCUGCAGUGCAGUUCCUGCUGAAGCGAGUGGUGGUGUGGCUUUCUGAGGUGGCGCGCAGCGACACUGAGCACCUGGUGGAGAUGGUUUUUAGUUCACUCUGCUGCUGCAACCAGGAGGAGACCACGCAGAUCCUCAACCACAUCACCACCAUGGGUUUGCAGUGGGGAAUUAUCCUGCAAAUUAUCCAGAGGGCAUGUAAAGAUGCUGAGGCUCAUGCGAGAUGCUCUGAUUGGCUGAAAGGCUCAGUUCUGGGUGAGCAGCUCUUGGGGCUGACAGAGGAGCUCUGCAAAGUGGGGAGCAGCGCUCAUGCUUCCACGUCCACUACAAGCAGCCACAGUUGGACCCUCAUCAGCCUUGUCCUCUCUCAAAACCACAACCACGAGUCUUGGAUUGGGGAGGUGUACAUGGAGAAGAUUUUAGAGAAGCUUCACACCACUCUGUCUGAGACCAAGAGUUUGUCAGAUGCAGGCAACAUGGAGCCCCUCAUCGCCUUCAUAUGCGACGUGGCUUCUUCUUUCUUCUCCUCCGUGCGAGACUGUCUUCUGCUGCUGUCGGCCGAGGAGCUGCUGCUCACGGUUUUCCAGCUCACUGCCCAGGAUCAAAGACACACUCACCUAUCCAAGUCGCUGUUGGAUAAGCUGAAGAAGGUGUGUGUUGCUGGAGUCCAGUCUCUGGUGCAGCAUGGUGAAUGUGAGGUGACAGAAGGAGGUUUCCUGCACAGUGCUGCUGUUUGGGUGCUGAAUCAAGCACUAACAAGUUUUCAGGAUAUUAAAAGUUUGCAGGUUUUAGUUGUGGCUGUACAAAGCUUAGUGGAAACAAUCGUCUCUGCAGGAAACCAGGCCUCCCUCAUCCUGAACCGCCUCUUUAGCCUUCUGACACCCAGUCAGCCAGACUGGACCAGAAUCAGACAGGCUCUGCCUCCUCAGUGGAUCAAAAUUCCUUUGCUGGCCAGUCGUCACAGGGGGGUUUAUGAAACCCCCUCUCAGGACACGUGGAGGUUUAGAGAGUCGAACAGACUGCCUGCCCAUCUUUGUGUCUGUGCCUUGUUAGGAAGGGUGGCCCAGACUGCGUCAUGUGAUCAAAGGGAGGAGCAGGGUCCUUCCCCUCUACCAAACCUUCCAAACACAGUUUCAGAACUGCUGUAUGCUCUGCAGUGGUGUAAGGAGCUGAAGAACAGCCCCUCAGUGGUGCCUGCAUAUCACAACCUACUGGCUGAAUGGGAGCUAUCGGAUGGACUCCAGAGUCUAGUUCCAAUGAGCUCUCUCCUAGAGACCCUCUACUCGAGGUCUGUAAUGGAUGGAGGUCUGUGGUCUCUGACUCUGGAGACCUACAUCAACACCAACAGCUUGGCAGUCACUCAGGGUGCUGCUCUGAGGAAACUUUAUGGUACUUCAGACAGUUUGUUCCCAGUGUCUCAAAGCAAACUGAACACAGUCCAGGUGCUCUGCCCAGUAAUGACAAAAGAAGACAGAGAAACUCUCAUCGCUUUGGCUACAGCUGGACUAAUCAACUGGCAAAAGCACGAUGUUACAGAUGUGUCUGGGUGUCUGGCAGUGCUGCUGUGUUGUCUCAGUGCCAACACACAAGUAGAGGCUGAGGUUGUGCAUGCUGUCCUGGCCAUGAUGAUGGAGUGGAGGAACAACAGGGAGGAUUGGUUCCUCUUCAGCUGUAACCUGGCUGAAGCUCCAUGUGAACAGCUGAACCUUAAUGUGGAGAUGAUGCGGUUCUUGUCUUGGCUGGUGACUCACUGUCCGUCAGGUCUUGGAGGACUCCAGUGGGACUUCUUGCUGUGCUCCAUGUUGGCCUGGUUGGAGACUGCCAGUGAGAACGUGAGCAGUUUGUGGAACCCCUGGGUGCAGCUGUUUGUGUGCCAGAACUCUGCACUGAUUGUAAACCUGAACCAGUUCUUCACAUCAUCUUCACCUGAAGUGCUGGAGAAGUUACCACCAGAACUGGCCAGUGAAUGGAAAGACUUCUUCGUUGAGGGGAUCUACAACCUGCUCUUACCUCUGCCUGUUAAAAUCACUGAGACCUUUGUUGAACCGGAUGACCCCGCGUUCCCCCUGUCUGUGCUGCAGUCAGUCGGUUUGGCUCUGACACAUGUGCCGGUGCAGCAACUGACCCAAAACUCCCUGCAGCCACGGUUCAUAGCAGACCAGAAGACGAACCUGCCAGAGCCUCUGCAGACACUGCUCAACACUCUGUGCCCUCUGCUGCUGUUCAAGGCCAGGCCUCUGCAGAUUAUUGUGCACCACAUGUUGGAAAAGGUCAUGCCUCAGCUGCCGGAGUGUGAUGGUGACGGAGACAGCAGGUGUGAUGAUGACAAAGAUGAGCCAUGUCUUUCUCCUCCGGCUUCGCUCAUGGCCAUCCUGUCGACCUGUGAGGAGCUGUGUGAGAACAUACUUGGAGGGGUCCAAGUGGGGGAGUUUGCAGUGGUCCAGCCCCUUAGUGUGGAGUAUUCCUGCAUCCUGGGAUACCUGCUGGCCUGGAAGCUGCUUCUCACGUUUUUUAAAUCCUCCCCAUCCCACCUGCGUGCCCAUUAUGCUCAAUAUCUUAAGAGGAGCUGCUCUCUGAACAAGCUGCUCCUCCAUCUCUUCAAAAUGAUGCCAGAGAACCCGGUUUAUCCAGGACACGAGUCCGAGACAAAGGAGACCAAAACCUUCUUUACAGAAACCUUGAUUCUGACCGUUGACGAGAAUGAGAGCGUUAGGUGGGAGCUCCCUCACCUGGCGUGCAACGUCUUCUACAGCACGGUGCAGGACCUGCCUGCCAUGGUGCGACUGUGGUGGACCAGCCAGGAGAAGAGAGUGAGCUCAGCUGUGGAGAAGUUCACCAGUAAAUACGUCAGUCCUGUUCUGUCAGCCCAGGAGAUUUCCUCGGUCCACAGCAGCACUCAGAUGUUUGACAGCAUGACUGUGAAAGCUCGCUCAGCAGCGCGGGAGGUGAUAGCGACCUACUCUGUGGACGACAUCUACAUCGAGCUGGUGAUUCAGCUCGCACAGAACCACCCUCUGGGCUCCAUCACUGUGGAGAGCGGGCGGCGUGUGGGCGUGGCCGUGCAGCAGUGGAGGAACUGGAUGCUGCAGCUGAGCACCUACCUCACACAUCAGAAUGGCAGCAUAAUGGAGGGUUUGGCUCUGUGGAAGAACAAUGUUGAUAAGCGAUUCGAGGGAAUAGAGGACUGCAUGAUCUGCUUCUCCGUUAUUCACGGCUCCAACUACUCCCUGCCCAAAAAGGCCUGCCGCACCUGCAAGAAGAAGUUCCACUCUGCCUGUUUGUACAAGUGGUUCACUUCCAGCAACAAGUCCACAUGUCCGCUCUGCAGAGAAACAUUCUUCUAACAGAUGAUGCCUCGGCUGAAAGGAGACUGCUCCUGGAAUAAACCCCGACUGAAUUUGACACAGUUAUGCAAGAAAGAUCAUCAAGAAACUCUUGAGGACUCCAAUACGAUGUCCACUGACAAAUAUGUAUUUGGUUCAAAAGCCUUUAGGAAAUCUAAGUGGAGGACAAACUUGAUGUUUGUGCAGCUUCUCUGCCUGCUCUCAGCUGGUUGAGGGGCUCCUCACAGUUUGUAUAUAGAAGUUUUACUGUUGGAUUUAUCCAGUUAUCAUGCCCUGCCGCUCUGAUCACUUCAGCCACAAGUUUCCUCUUUUUAUUCUCCUUUGACCCAUAUGAAGGCAGAAAAGGCUGAUUUGUAAAGCUGGGGAAUCUAAGCUUGAGUUGCAGGAAGCACUUUUGAAAUGAUAAAUUUUACAAAAUAAAAUCAACCAAUGUUUGAAUUAAUGUAAUUCCUAUAACAGCUUACGCAAAUGUUUCCUAAUAUUUAGGAGAGUGAAGAGAUUGGAUAAGAUUCAUGGUUUGUGAUAAACUUGUUCAUCAGAAGAAAGAUGAUUAUUUUAAUAUGAAAUUGAUCCAACAUGUCAGCCUAACUGUUGGAAAAUCAAUAAAAGAACCUACGCUCAUGUAAGACAGAGCACUGCAUUUAUUCAGAAAAGCAUAUGCGACUGAAGCUUUACUUCAUCGGUUUAUUUAUUCAAGUCAAAACUAGUUUUUAAUUUGCCAAUGAUUAAAAAAAAAAAAUCAGAAACAGCAGGUUUUCCUAAAAAAAAAAAAAAUUUAAAAAGAAUGGAUUUACAAAACACAUUUAUAGUAUAAAGAUCCUAGAUAACAUUAAAGUCAUGAAAUGACUUAUUUAAUCAGUCAGUAAUUAGUCCUCGUUGUGUGAGCCCACAACAAGUCAAACUGUAAGUAACCUGUACCGGUUUCCAAGAAAACCCUGUAAUUAGCCUCAGCCCGUUUGUCUGGGCUCCACCUCAGCCUCCCACCCUCAGGCUGAAUAAUUCAUUGCUCUGUUUAAUGGAGACUUUCUCUCACCACACGUGUUCUUGUGGGAUUAAUGAUGACAGAUUAAGCACGAUCAAUGAAUUAAUCCCACUCAUUUGCUCUGCCGUCUCCAAGUGUAAUCCAUUACCAUGGUCAAAAUUCAUCAAUACAUACAGCCAUACAGCCAGCAUCCAUCAUCAUCUGCCCUUGACCUUUUUAAUCGCCAUUGAUCUGUUUGCAGCGGAUAAAUAUUUAUGCUCAGGACCCCCCCCGCUCCCCCCGCACUCCUCCUCCUACAACAGCCUCAAGUCUUAUUGCUCAUUAUCUGCUUGAUUAAACAGUGGUACAAAUGUUAUGAACUACAGUCAGUCCUCUGAGAAGCUUAUUUAGUUUAAUUUUUAUGUUCGGGUGAAGAUUCUCAGUCAUCCACGUCAUGAUAAAUUUUUAAAAAAUGUAACCCCCC